CGUCUUCCUCUGAAAUCAGCCUCUUGCCCUAUGUGAGUAGGAUGAGGAGGGAUCGAUGAAGGAUUCUAAUAGAAGGAAUGGUUCCUUUCCCGAAUGCCCUUCCAGGUUAGCCACCCCCUUGACCGCCUUUGAAGAACCACGUGGGAAGAACUAUUUCCCACCCCCAACCUCGACGGGCGCAGUUCGAGGCAGGUCCCUGGAGCAUGCGCAAUGACAUCUCACCCUCCCCACCCCUUCCCACACCCCACCCGGCUCCUGCAUUAAGCCCCGGGUUCGCAGCAGCAGCCCGGUCGGGCCACUGGGGGCGGGCGGGCACAGUUGGGCCAUGGCUGAGGGUGAGGAUAUGCAGACCUUCACUUCCAUCAUGGAUGCACUAGUCCGCAUCAGUGUGAGUUAAGGUGGGGUCAAGGGGAAGGGAGGGGUGUAGAGGGUCGGGGAAAGCCAGCUCCUUGAACAGGUGGGGGUCCAGGAAGAGUCUGGAAUGUAGAGGCAGGGCUAGUUAUGACAGAAAUAACGGGAAGCAGAGUGCAGGUGUGCAGGGAUCCUAGCGACAGCCGGGUGCUGAGUGCCCUAAAGACUCCCGUCUGCCGGGGUGUAGGCAGCGAGAAGCGGUCCGGACCCAGCGGGUAGGCUUGGGGCAGCGGCCAGCAGUGCACCAGGGUUAUGAGAAAGGGCAUGUGAGGGCUUGGAUGUUUUCCAAGAAACUGAGGACAGGUCGGGGGGAAUGAUGAAAAAGCUUUCCCUAGGUGCAGUUCCCAAUUUGGACCCCUCCCGACCCCCCACCCUACCUCCCCCACCCCCUGCGAGCUGCCGUGCAAUCUGCGGUUGUCAUGGCAACCCGUGCCCGGCUCUCCCAGAGGCGGUGCCAACCCUACUCCCCCCCCACCACCACUUCCUUCCCCCUUCCCUCCCUGUCCCUCCCUCCUUUGUGUCAGCUGCGCCCCUGACCGGGAUGGCUGCGAAGAGAGGGACCAAGACAAGCAUGAAGAACAUGGAGAAGGAGCUGCUGUGCCCAGUGUGCCAAGAGAUGUACAAGCAGCCGCUAGUGCUGCCUUGUACCCACAAUGUGUGCCAGGCCUGUGCCAGGGAGGUCUUGGGCCAGCAGGGCUACCUAGGCCAUGGUGGGGACCCCAGUUCGGAACCCACUUCUCCUGCUUCUACUCCUUCUACCCGAAGCCCCCGCCUCUCUCGGAGAACUCUCCCCAAACCAGAUCGUUUGGACCGGCUCCUUAAGUCAGGCUUCGGGACAUACCCUGGGCGGAAGCGGGGUGCCUUGCACCCCCAGACGAUCAUAUUCCCGUGCCCAGCCUGCCAAGGCGAUGUGGAGCUGGGGGAGCGCGGCCUUUCUGGGCUUUUCCGAAACCUGACCCUAGAGCGCGUGGUGGAGAGGUACCGACAGAGUGUGAGCGUGGGAGGCGCCAUCCUGUGCCAGUUGUGCAAGCCCCCACCGCUAGAGGCCACCAAGGGCUGCACCGAGUGUCGAGCGACCUUCUGCAAUGAAUGCUUCAAGCUCUUCCACCCCUGGGGCACUCAGAAGGCCCAGCAUGAGCCCACUCUGCCCACUCUCUCAUUCCGCCCCAAGGGUCUGAUGUGUCCAGAUCACAAGGAAGAGGUGACUCACUACUGUAAGACAUGCCAACGACUGGUAUGUCAACUCUGCAGGGUACGACGCACCCACAGUGGACACAAGAUCACUCCAGUGCUCAGUGCCUACCAGGCCCUCAAGGAUAAGCUGACAAAGAGCCUGGCAUACAUCUUGGGAAACCAGGACACAGUACAGACCCAGAUCUGUGAGCUGGAAGAGACCAUCAGGCAUACUGAGGUGAGUGGUCAGCAGGCGAAGGAGGAGGUGUCACAGCUGGUUCGGGGACUGGGGGCCGUGCUGGAAGAGAAGCGGGCCUCUCUGCUGCAGGCCAUUGAAGAGUGCCAGCAAGAACGGUUAUCACGGCUCAGCGCCCAGAUGCAUGAACAUCAGAGCCUGCUGGACGGCUCUGGUUUGGUGGGUUAUGCCCAGGAAGUCCUUAAGGAAACAGAUCAGCCUUGCUUUGUGCAAGCAGCCAAACAGCUGCAUAACAGGAUUGCCCGAGCUACUGAGGCCCUGCAGACGUUCCGGCCAGCUGCCAGCUCCUCCUUCCGCCAUUGUCAGCUGGAUGUGGGGCGUGAGAUGAAGCUGCUGACGGAGCUUAACUUCCUGAGAGUGCCUGAGGCUCCUGUCAUUGACACCCAGCGCACCUUCGCCUACGACCAAAUCUUCCUGUGCUGGCGGCUGCCCCCCCAUUCACCACCUGCCUGGCAUUACACCGUUGAAUUCCGGCGUACGGAUGUCCCUGCCCAGCCAGGCCCUGCACGCUGGCAGCGUCGGGAGGAGGUGAGGGGCACCAGUGCCCUUCUUGAGAACCCUGACACAGGCUCUGUGUAUGUGCUGCGUGUCCGUGGCUGCAACAAGGCUGGCUAUGGAGAGUACAGUGAGGACGUGCAUCUGCACACGCCUCCAGCCCCUGUCCUGCACUUCUUCCUUGACGGCCGCUGGGGUGCGAGCCGAGAGCGGCUAGCUAUCAGCAAGGACCAGCGAGCGGUGCGGAGCAUUCCGGGGCUUCCCUUGCUGCUGGCUGCCGAGCGGCUGCUCACAGGCUGUCAUCUGAGUGUGGACGUGGUCCUGGGUGAUGUGGCUGUGACCCAGGGCCGCAGCUACUGGGCCUGUGCAGUAGACCCUGCCUCCUACUUGGUCAAGGUGGGCGUCGGGCUGGAGAGCAAGCUUCAGGAAAGCUUCCAGGGUGCCCCGGAUGUGAUCAGCCCCAGAUACGACCCGGACAGCGGGCACGACAGCGGUGCCGAAGAUGCUACAGUGGAGGCGUUGCCACCCUUUGCCUUCCUCACCAUUGGCAUGGGCAAGAUCCUGCUGGGCUCCGGAGCAAGUUCAAACGCAGGGCUGACAGGGAGGGAUGGCCCAGCAGCCAGCUGCACAGUGCCCCUGCCACCCCGCCUGGGCAUCUGCUUGGACUACGAGCGGGGGCGAGUUUCCUUCCUGGAUGCUGUGUCCUUCCGUGGGCUCCUCGAGUGCCCCCUGGACUGCUCAGGGCCUGUGUGCCCUGCCUUCUGCUUCAUUGGUGGUGGCGCUGUACAGCUGCAGGAGCCUGUGGGCACCAAGCCUGAGAGAAAAGUCACCAUCGGGGGCUUUGCCAAGCUGGACUGAGCCUUUCAGCCCCCGAAUCCAGACCUGACCUCUGCUCCCCAAGCGUCCAGGCAGCAGGUUGUUUACCCAGCAGCUCCCCCCACCAACUUUCCCUAACUAUGUGUGUGGUCCUGCCCCAUACCUUGCCAGCCGUGUCUUCCCAGGGCUUCCCUUGACUGAGGGGCUCUCCCCUCCUUCCCUCUGGAUGUCCUCCUUUCUGUGUUACCUGUUGGCCUAGGCUCCAGGCCCUGCCCUCAGAGUCUUAACUAAGGCAUAGAAAGCCCCUGACCCAUUCCUGUCCUGUGCCCCUGAGGCUAUUGGGAGGGAGGGCACCUGGAACAGUGGGUGUGAUUGACAGCUCUGCCCUUUGCCUUGCCAAGCUCCCUGCUCCAUUGAUGCUGAACCACAGCCUUGGCGGCCAGGUUUUGUGCCUCCCCAUGAGGAAGGAGGACCUACCAUUUUAUUUGGGUCCCUAUACCCCCCAACCGCAUGUCCCUUCUGUCCCUCUUCUCCCUCUUGCAUGCUUUUCCUAUCCUGCACCCAUGCCAACGUGCCAAGUCUCCCUUGGGAACCCAACUGAAGCUGGUGUCCCCAUUGGGUUGGGCCAAGCUAGGCCUCUGGUGCCUGCUACCGCCUCCUUGCAGUGGGCGUGGCUAGGCCUGUGCUGAGCCACAGCUGUCGUUCUCGUGGUUUAGAAACAAUAAAUGGUGACACCA